AUGAGAGAAAUUUAUUCAUGCACAUGGCCUUUUGCAAUCACGACGGUGGUGUUCGUCGUUUUUCUUGCUAAGUUUUUGAAAGACAAGAAGAAGAAUGUGAUAGAAAGCAAACACAAACUGCCACCAGGAAGAAGAGGCUGGCCUCUAAUUGGAGACAGCUUCAGUUGGUACAAUGCCGUUGCGAGUUCUCAUCCCCCACGAUUCGUUGAAGAGCAAGUUAAAAGGUUUGGGAAAAUAUUUUCGUGCAGUCUGUUUGGAAAACGGGCUGUGGUAUCCGCAGACCCGAUUUUUAAUCGGUUCGUAAUCCAAAAUGAAGGAAAACUGUUUCAGUCCAGCUAUCCAAAAUCUUUCAGAGACUUGGUAGGUAAAAAUGGGGUGAUCACAGUGCAAGGAGAGCAACAAAGGAAACUCCAUGGCAUUGCCUCCAAUAUGAUGCGCCUAGAGAAGCUUAAAUUCCAUUUCUUGGAAGAUAUCCAAAGGGUUAUGCUUAACACAUUGACCAAUUUCCAGGACAACCAAAUCAUACUUCUCCAAGAUGUUUGCAGAAAGGCGGCUAUUAAUCUAAUGGUUAAUCAACUUUUGGGCGUAACAACCGAGUCUGAGAUCACUGAAAUGGCUCAGUUUUUCUCCGAUUUUGUUGACGGCUGUCUCUCUGUUCCGAUCAAUUUUCCUGGCUCUGCUUAUCACACUGCCAUGAAGGCAAGAGAGAAAAUAAUUAGAAAGAUAAACAGGACAAUAGAGAUGUACAGGCAAGAGGGGUCAUUGGAAGUGAGUAAUGGGGUACUUGCAAGACUGUUAGAGGAAGAAAGCUUACCUGACGAAGCUGUAGCAGAUUUCAUUAUCAAUCUUUUAUUUGCUGGCAACGAAACCACUGCUAAAACUAUGCUUUUUGCUGUUUAUUUUCUCACUCAAUGUCCCAGAGCUCUCAAGCAACUCUUGGAAGAGCAAGACGGUUUCAGAAGUAUGUCUGGCGGAGAUCAAAACAAGCUUACAUGGCAGGACUACAAAGCAAUGCCAUUUACUCAAUGUGUUAUUGAUGAAACACUUAGACUUGGGGGAAUUGCAAUUUGGUUGAUGAGAGAGGCAAAAGAAGACGUUAAGUACCAAGAUUACAUUAUUCCCAAAGGAUGCUUCGUAGUUCCAUUUCUAUCGGCAGUACAUUUGGAGGAAAAUGUGUACAAUGGAGCUCUAAAUUUUAAUCCAUGGAGAUGGAUGGACCCUGAAAAUCAGGAAAAAAGGAAUUGGAGAAAUAGUCCGUUUUUUGCUCCAUUUGGAGGAGGGGUUAGAUUCUGUCCCGGAGCUGAGUUAGCUCGCCUCCAAAUUGCUCUUUUUCUCCAUUACUUUGUUACGACAUAUGGAUGGACCCAAAUAAAAGAAGAUAGAAUGUCCUUUUUUCCCUCUGCUAGAUUGGUGAAUGGUUUCCAAAUCAGCUUAACAAGACGGCAUAUGCAGGCAUGACAAGCUGAAGAACUCAAAGCAUUAAAUGGUUUUCUUGGUUCUAACUUUUAUUUUUCUAUAUAUUUUGUAAUUUAUGUUGUAUACUCUUGUUUUCCUUCUUCCAAUGAUGUAUAAAUGCUUUUUUUUAUACAUAAAAAGUUCAUAGUGAUGUAAAACGUUUUAACUCCAAUUC